ACAGCCCGUGCAUCUCUGGCCCCGCUCCGGCAUCGUUCUCUUGCCGCGGCCUCCAUGUUUGGCGAGCGAGAAGCCGAGUUUGGAUCGUCACGUCUUUCGUGUCCGGAGCCGGGAAACUGUGCGCUGGCCGCUGAGCGUUCGCCCCACUGAAGCCGGGCCUUGUUAUUGAGGCUGACAAGACAGCGGGUUUACCUUGGUGUAGCAGGCUCUGGACAUAGACCUCAACAAUCGGCAGCCUUUGAAAAAUAAUUGCACUAGAACAUUUCUUAAUCUCCUGGCACAUUAUUUAGAUGUAAAAAUGUGGACGGUUCUAAAGGGUGUUUGACUUCACCAGGUGUGUACUUGUUAAAGGCUGCUGGAUGUCACACGGUAUAAAAUACAAUCACUGGUGCCGGCUUAAGUGAAAGCCCACUGUCUGUGAACAUUUCGCUACUCAUGCUGUGUUGAAUCGAGUCUUCUACAAUUACUUCGGUGCUAAAUUGCAACUAGAAGAAAAACAAAAUGUCUACUCGAACGCCAUUACCUACAGUGAAUGAACGCGAAACAGAACAUCACACUUCACAUAUGGAUGGCCGUUCAGAAGUUUCUUCUCGGUCAGCCCGCUCUGGGGGAGCACGAUGCCGUAAUUCGAUUACAUGUUGUGCUGAUGAACAGCCACACAUAGGAAAUUAUAGGCUCUUGAAAACUAUAGGCAAGGGAAACUUUGCCAAGGUAAAGCUGGCUAGACACAUCCUCACCGGAAGAGAGGUUGCAAUAAAAAUUAUCGACAAAACACAGCUGAAUCCUACAAGUUUGCAAAAGACAUUUCUACCAUUACUUCUCCAGUCUAUCACAUAAUUGAAGUCCUUUAACUCUUGAAUCUAUCUAGCAAAUAUCUGAAAGAGUGAAGCCCUGCUAAACUUCCUGAAGACUACCCAGAAAUGAACAUUAAUAUCUGGUUGAGGCUAAACAGUGUUUUAUUAAAGAUCAUUGUAACUUUGUAUUGUUUAUUAAUAAAACCAGGGAUUUUGUAUGUUUUUUAAAAUACCCUUCUCAGCUGUCUUUGCCAUCUACAAGGAUAUUUGUGUACAUAUAUUGUUCUCAGUUCUUUUCUGCACCAUCUUUAACAUUGUGUAAUUUUUCUAUUGACUUUGCUCAUUAUUUCCUUCCUCUUUUCCAUUACACUUCCUAGUGUCCUAGCAUUUCCUUAACUGAUCAAGAUCUCCUUGUAACCUACGACGAGGCGUUGGUCAGACCAUGCCUGGAAUAUGCUGAACCCCUUAUCUAAGACAGGAUGUGCUGUCAUUGGGUCCAGAGAAGGCUUGCAAGAAUGAUCCCAGGAAUGAGGAAUGAAAGGGUUAAUAUAUGAAGAGCAUUUGAUGUCUAGUCUGUGCUUGCUAGAAUUUAUAAGGACUGGGGGGGAAUCUCAUUGAAACCUAUUGAAUUUUGCAAAGCCCAGAUAGAGUGGACAUGGGAAGGAUUCAUCACUUUUACUAGGGCAGAGGCUACCAACAGCAACUUGCUAGAGUCCUCUGCCCUGGGCCAAUCUUUCAGUUUAUCCUCGGGUGUAGCCCAUCUUUGAAGAUCCUUCCUCUCUUGGGGAUGAGUUCUUUGAAACUUUUGUUGAUGUUUCUGUAACUCUGGGUUUUUAUGUGAUGGUGUUGCUAACACCAUACUCAGCUCUCUUCGCAGUUGGGUUUAGGACCAACCAUGGCAGAAUUACCAGAGGGCGUAGUUUCAGAAUACAAGAAUGUCCCUUUUGAGCAGAGAUGAGGGUGGUGAAUCUGUGGAAUUGAUUGCCACAGGAGGCUGUAGAGGCCAAUUCAUUGGGUAUAUUUAAAGCAGAAGUUGAUUCUUGAUUAGGAAGGGUGUCUUGGGUUCAGGGAGAAGGCAGGAGAAUGGGCUUUAGGAGGAUAAUAAAUCAACCAUGAUAGAAUGGCAAAGCAGACUCAAUGAGCUGAAUGGCCUAAUUCUGCUCCUACAUCUUGUGGUCUUACCAUCCUUACUAUUAAUAACACCUCUGAAUUUCAUGUCAGCUGUUCGUUUACUGAUCGGAUGUGGGUGGAUUUGUGAAACGAGCAAGCCCCUGACCGAAUUAGAUUUUUAGAUUAGAUUAUGAGGACACACAGUCCUCUUUUAUUAUCAUUUAGUAAUGCAUGCAUUAAGAAAUGAUACAAUGUUCCUCCAGAAUGAUAUCACAGAAACACAAGACAAACCGACUGAAAAACUGACAAAAACUACAUAAUUAUAACAUACAGUUACAACAGUGCAAAGCAAUACCAUAAUUUGAUAAAGAACAGACCAUGGGCACGGUAAAGAAAAAGUCUCAAUGUCUCUCGAAAGACCCAUCAUCUCAUGCAGACGGUAGAAGGAAGAAAAAAAAACUCUCCCUGCCAUGAACCUCCAGCGCCGCAAACUUGCUGAUGCAGCACCCUGGAAGCACCCGACCACAGCCGACUCUUGAGUCCAUCCGAAAACUUCGAGCUUCUGACACCGAGCGCCAUCUCUGCCGAGCGCUUCGACCUCGGCCCCGGCAACAGGCAAAGCUGAGGAUCUGGGGCCUUCCCCUCCGGAGAUUCUCAAUUGCACAGUAGCAGCGGCAGCGAAGCGGGCAUUUCAGAAGUUUCUCCAGAUGUUCCUCCGUGCUUCUCACGUCUGUCUCUAUCAAAUCAGGAUUGUGCACGGCCCCUACUUACAAUUACGAUAUCAUUUUGGAGCGGCCGAAUAUGGUGUUAAUGGGAAAUGCUACAUUUUGGGAGAAACAGCAUUAGAAGGUGGGGGGUAUAAAUAAAAUUCUACUAAUUUUAACAGAUUGAUAAAGGACAUUGACUUAAAUUGAAUAUUCAAUUCCUUGAUUUGCAUUUUUGAAGGUGGUAGAUAGGCAUCUUAGCGACACUUAAAUUGAUUUCAAUCUGGUUUUGGAAAGUACAUAGGCUUACCAGAUUAAUAUUGAUAAGAACAUUUUGCAUUUAGCAACAGGAUGUUUUCUUUCAUGUUGAAUGUACGUCACAGAUCAUAGAUUGAAAUUAUUGGCAAAAAAACAUAGAAACAUAGAAAACCUACAGCACAAUACAGGCCCUGUGGCCCACAAAGCUGUGCUGAACGUGUCCUUACCUUAGAAUUACCUAGGCUUACCCAGAGCCCUCUAUUUUUCUAAGCUCCUUGUACCCAUCCAGGAGUCUCUUAAAAGACCCUAUUGUUUCUGCCUCCACCACUGCCACCAGCAGCCCAUUUCACACACUCACCAAAAAAAAAACAAACUAACAAACUUACCCCUGACAUCUCCUUUAUACCUACUUCAAGCACCUUAAACUGUGCCCUCUUGUGCUAGCCAUUUCAGCCUUGGGGAAAAAGGCCUCUGACUAUCCACACGAUCAAUGCCUUUCAUUAUCUUGUACACCUCUAUCAGGUCACCUCUCAUCCUCUGUCGCUCCAAGGAGAAAAGGCCAAGUUCACUCAACCAAUUCUCAUAAGGCAUGCUCUCCAACCCAGGCAACAUCCUUGUAAAUCUCCUCUGCACCCUUUCUAUGGUUUCCAUGUCCUUCCUGUAGUGAGGCGACCAGAACUGAGCACAGUACUCUUAAGUGGGGUCUGACCAGGGUCCUAGCUAGCUGCAACAUUACCUCUCGGCUCUUAAAUUCAAUCCCACGAUUGAUGAAGGCCAAUGCAUCGUAUGCCUUCUUAAUCACAGAGUCGACCUGCAUAACAGCUUUGAGUGUCCUAUGGACUCUGACCCCAAGAUCCCUCUUAAUUUUAAGUUCAGUUGUUUUGAUUAAUUAUGUAAGGAAUGAAAAGCUACAGCGAAUCUUAAAUUUUUCUAGAAAUCCAUUUGGUCCAUUAAUGGUGGUGGGACACUGGGGUGUCAUCUCAUCGUCAUCUGUUUCCAUUAGGAUAGGCAGGUCAUCUUCUUCUAUGUCUGCCUGCCUCCAUGUCGAAGGUCGAGGUUCGUCGUCUGCUGUGGCUGAUGUGGAAGGCUUGCUUGACUGCUCAGCCUCGCGCAUUUCUCUAUCAUACAGUUCUUUGUAAGCACUCAAACCAUCUUGCAAAUAUGCCCUAAACCAAUGUACCCUUUCAAAAUUAAAGUCGUACUUUAUCAUUGCAGCGAAAACCUCACGCAGUCACUUUCGGUCCGUUCUCCACUGCAUUCGGUUUCGAUUGUUAUCCUUUCCUCUUCCAAUUGCAUCAGCUCGUCAUCUAUCAGUUCUUGGUCAUGGGAUGCCGAAACCUCUUCAACAUCAUCUUCGUCAGCUUCCACAAGCCAAACUCACUUUGUCCUUACUCCGUUCACAACGAUCGAAACGCUUAAUUAUGUCCAGUUUUACGCUAAGUGUAACACCCUUACGAACUCUUUUAGGCUUUUCCGAUACCAUCUUGCAAACGGAUGCUCACAGGCACGUGUUUAAGCAAUGCCGGCGAGAAUGCUGUUCCAAUUCCUGGGGAAGAGCGGCUGCUCGGGGCGCGCGCUGAUUUUUUUCGUGCGCUGCUUUUUCCACGCACUGCCUUUUUUCGUAACAGUGAAAACACCUUCUGUUAGCGAAAACAGGGAACUAAUGUUGGUCUUUCGUAACAGUGAGGUUUUGUAAAGUGAAUGUUCGAAAAGCAGAGGACACCUGUACAGCCAUUUUCAGCAAUGUGAUUGACUAUAAAUACUGCACAAGAGGAAUAGAUGUAGGAAUAAAUACUGCACUGAGUUCAAAUGUGGCUAAUGUGCACAAGAAGUAAUUCAGACCUCCUCCAGAAAUGCUCUUGGUUGCCUUCUCCAACAGAAUUGAUGGGAAAUGAUUAAUCAACACACUGGGGACUAUGCUUUUAGAUUUUUCUCACAUAAAUUGGAACUGGCUGUCAUAUGGAACCAAGCAACAAAUUUAGAACCUAUCAAAUUGCCAAGUAUUAUUUUUUUUUGAAAAUCUUGCAGUUUGGAAGCUUUCUUCGUUCACACAGUCAGUUAUACAAGAUCUGGAUUAAAGUUUCUAAAUUUAAGAUGUUUAAAAAAUACAUUGUUAUGUAAACUUCCCUGCAACAUAAUUUUAAAAAUUAAAGGAAAUUGUUCAAAAAAUGUUGAUGUUUUUGAUACAUUAAUCAAACUUGUUCCAUUCUUUAAUUAGCA